CCUGUCUUCUCUCCUCGAUCGCACAGAGUCGCACUCUCUCGCUCUCUCCGCAGCAACCCAGCUCCGCCGCCCUCGUUCUUUUGCAGCUCGCCGGCUCAGAUUCGCCGCCAAUCGCCGCCGUCUCCAAGCCUAGCUCGCCGAUUCGCCGUCGAAAUCAAAGAUAGCUAGGGAUAUGGGAGGACAUGAUGAAUCAGAGACAUCUGGAAGAAAAGAAAGCGAGGAGAUUGAUGUCCCAAUCUUCAGCGGCGAGAAUAUGCAAAGCAACAUGAAAGUUGUAUAUUACAGCCGAACGUUUAUGUCCAUUAUCGGCGGUGUCAUUGCCGGGAUUCUAGGAUUCACAGGCUUAACUGGGUUCGUAAUUUACUUUCUUGUCAUGGCAAUCACCUCAAUUGGCCUUAUUGCGAAGACAGGAUUUUCCGUCCACUCGUACUUCAGUAGCUGGAAUCAGAUCAUAUUUGACGGUUUCCUGGGUGGGCUUAUGUCGUUUGUGCUGUUUUGGACAUUUGCUUAUGACAUCAUCCAUAUAUUCUGAGGGAGCGUCAUGACGGAAGGCCAAGAAGCUGCGCUCCACACUGCACGGUCUCCGGUGGUUUGAGGUUUCUGGAACAAAUCUGACAGAUUGCUUCGGUACCGCAAUGGAUCGAUCCAUCUUUGUUCCUCUUUUCUGGUUAUGUGACUUCUCUCUGAAUCAAAAGGAGUUUUCCUAGUUAUGUUGGACAUGGUUUUUUGAGCUACGAAACUGAAGUGAUAAGAAAGGAAGUAGGCAGAAUGCGAGAGUUUCUUCCCUCAUUCAUGAGAGCUUUCGCUUAAUCUUGCUCUUCAACGGAUUCAGACAUGGUAUAUCGUCGCUGGUUUUUGUUUUAGUUAGACUUUGGAUCUGUUUCA